UCCAGACCAUUUACUCUCUUCUUCGGCAGCCAUGGAAGUGUGUUGGCAGAUACAGAGACCAGCGAGUCUCAGACCGGGUUUUCAGGAAAAGGGUCGGGUCAAGAUCAAUACUUCAUCUGUUGGUUUUUUUCCACGCUCUAUUUCUAGUUUUGCUUCAUUGGAAAGCCAAUACAAAUCAAAUGGGUUUCUGCAUCAGAUCACGGCAAGUGCAGAUUUUUCAAGGAAGAAGCAAGGAAGAAUGGCUGCUUCAGGACCAAAAAGCUCAGGUCCCAGAGGUUUUGGGCGACAACCAACAGUAGGAAGUGCUCAGAAAAGAACUCAGAAGAAGAAUGGUGAAAAAGAUAGUAAUGCCACUUCUACAGCAACAAACGAGGUUUCAGGGGUUACUAAGUUGCCCGAAGCUAAAGCGGAUGUACAGAAACAAGGCUCUGUUGUUUUUAAUGAGAGGAAUGUGUUAGAUAAGUCGGAUGUUGAGGAUAGAAGUGACCGUUUGAACAAGAAAACAACCGAGGAUGAUGCUUUGUUAGAAAGAAAGUUAAAACUUGAAAGAGAGAAUCUUCGUAGGAAGGAAAUAGAAGCGCUUGCAGCAGAACAUUUGGCGAGAGGUGAUAGAAUGUUUGUGUAUCCCGUUAUUGUGAAACCUGAUGAAGACAUAGAAGUCUUUCUCAACAGGAAUCUGUCAACUCUGAAGAACGAACCCGAUGUUUUGAUCAUGGGGGCGUUUAACGAAUGGAGAUGGAAGUCUUUCACAAGGAGAUUGGAAAAGACAUGGAUCCAUGGAGAUUGGUUGUCAUGUCUCCUUCAUAUCCCCAAAGAAGCCUAUAAGAUGGACUUUGUGUUUUUCAAUGGGCAAAGUGUAUAUGACAACAAUGACUCAAAAGAUUUCUGUGUAGAGAUAAAAGGUGGGAUGGAUAAAGUUGACUUUGAGAAUUUUCUUCUAGAAGAGAAAUUGCGUGAGCAAGAGAAGUUAGCCAAGGAAGAAGCUGAGAGGGAGAGGCAAAAAGAAGAGAAGAGAAGAAUCGAAGCUCAAAAGGCUGCAAUUGAAGCUGAUAGAGCACAAGCUAAGGCGGAGACUCAGAAGAGACGUGAAUUGCUUCAACCGGCUAUUAAGAAGGCUGUAAUCUCGGCUGAGAAUGUUUGGUACAUUGAGCCGAGUGAUUUCAAGGCUGAAGAUACAGUGAAGCUAUAUUACAAUAAAAGGUCAGGUCCUCUGGCUAAUUCCAAAGAACUCUGGUUACAUGGAGGGUUUAAUAAUUGGGUUGAUGGAUUAUCUAUCGUUGUAAAGCUUGUUGAUGCUGAGUUAAAGGAUGAUGAUCCAAAGAGCGGAAAUGAUGAUUCAAAGAGCGGAAAUUGGUGGUUCGCUGAAGUUGUAGUGCCUGCCGGUGCUCUAGUCAUUGACUGGGUCUUUGCUGAUGGACCGCCUAAAGGAGCGGUUCUGUAUGACAAUAAUUUUUACCAAGACUUCCACGCACUUGUUCCUCGAAAAACUCCUGAAGAACUUUACUGGUUAGAGGAAGAAAAUUUGAUUUUUAGAAAACUUCAGGAGGAGAGGCGGUUAAAAGAGGAAGUUAUGCGUGCCAAGAUGGAAAAGACAGCUCGCUUGAAAGCCGAAACUAAGGAAAGAACACUUAAAAAGUUUCUGCUAUCCCAGAAAGACGUGGUUUACACUGAGCCUGUAGAGAUUCAAGCAGGAAACCCUGUGACUGUAUUAUACAAUCCUACAAACACAGUUUUGAAUGGAAAGCCUGAAGUUUGGUUUAGAGGCUCUUUUAAUCGUUGGACUCACCGCUUGGGCCCUUUGCCACCUCAGAAAAUGGAAGCAGCAGAUGAUGGAAGCUCACACAUGAAGACUACGGCUAAGGUCCCAUUGGAUGCUUACAUGAUGGACUUUGUGUUCUCUGAGAAAGAGGAUGGCGGAAUAUUCGAUAACAAAAAUGGUCUGGAUUACCAUUUACCGGUUGUGGGAGGUAUUUCAAAGGAACCACCAUUGCACAUUGUUCAUAUUGCUGUUGAAAUGGCACCCAUCGCAAAGGUUGGAGGUCUAGGUGAUGUCGUCACUAGUCUAUCUCGCGCUGUUCAAGAAUUAAACCAUAAUGUGGACAUCAUUUUUCCAAAGUAUGAUUGCUUAAAGCACAACUUUGUGAAGGACUUGCAAUUCAACAGAAGCUAUCACUGGGGAGGAACCGAAAUAAAAGUUUGGCAUGGAAAAGUAGAAGGCCUUUCGGUUUACUUCUUAGAUCCACAAAAUGGAUUGUUUCAGCGAGGAUGUGUUUACGGUUGUGCAGAUGAUGCAGGAAGAUUCGGUUUCUUCUGUCAUGCAGCUCUUGAAUUUCUUCUCCAAGGAGGUUUCCAUCCAGACAUUCUUCACUGUCACGACUGGUCUAGUGCUCCGGUUUCAUGGUUAUUCAAGGAUCAAUACACGAAUUACGGUUUAAUUAAAACCCGUGUUGUCUUCACAAUUCAUAAUCUGGAAUUUGGAGCAAAUGCCAUUGGUAAAGCAAUGACAUUUGCAGACAAAGCUACAACGGUUUCGCCAACGUAUGCUAAGGAAGUUGCUGGAAACUCGGUAAUCUCUCCACAUUUAUACAAGUUUCACGGAAUCAUAAACGGGAUCGACCCAGAUAUAUGGGAUCCAUAUAACGAUAACUUUAUUCCCGUACCUUAUACUUCAGAGAACGUUGUAGAAGGCAAAAGAGCAGCCAAGGAAGAAUUGCAAAACAGGCUUGGACUAAAGAGUGCCGAUCUUCCAGUAGUAGGAAUUAUUACGCGCUUAACACACCAGAAGGGAAUACAUUUGAUCAAGCACGCUAUUUGGCGUACCUUGGAACGGAAUGGACAGGUUGUCUUGUUAGGUUCAGCUCCAGAUCCUCGGAUCCAAAAUGAUUUUGUAAACUUGGCAAACCAAUUGCAUUCUUCUCAUGGUGACCGAGCUCGGCUUGUUCUAACCUAUGAUGAACCUCUUUCCCAUUUGAUUUACGCUGGGGCUGACUUUAUUCUUGUACCGUCGAUAUUUGAGCCGUGUGGACUGACACAGCUCAUAGCCAUGAGAUACGGCGCUGUUCCUGUUGUUAGAAAAACUGGAGGACUCUUUGACACAGUAUUUGAUGUUGACCACGAUAAAGAAAGGGCACAAGCUCAAGUUCUAGAACCUAAUGGCUUCAGCUUCGACGGGGCUGAUGCUCCUGGUGUUGAUUAUGCUCUCAAUAGGGCAAUAUCGGCGUGGUACGAUGGUAGAGAGUGGUUUAAUUCGCGGUGCAAGACGGUAAUGGAGCAAGACUGGUCAUGGAACCGUCCUGCACUUGAGUAUCUUGAGCUCUAUCACUCUGCACGCAAGAUGUGGAAUGUAGUACCUGAAGCUAGAGGCAUAUCAAGACUCUCCAAACUAAGCUUAAGUUCUAGUGAUUGCCAUAAAAAGAAUGUUUUGGAGUAUGGUAACAACACUAUCGGGAUCUUAGAUAAAUCCAUUUCAAGUUUAGAGAUGAAACUAGUAGCUGCUAGAGCCGAACGCGAGUCAUUGGCCGGGAAAUUUAACAUUUCCAAAGAAGCCAAGAAACGAAAAUACUUCAUGGUUAUCGGUAUUAACACGGCCUUUAGUAGUCGUAAGAGACGUGACUCUGUCCGGUCAACAUGGAUGCCACAAGGAGAGAAGCUUAAGAAACUUGAAGAAGAGAAAGGCAUCAUUGUUCGCUUUGUUAUAGGACACAGUGUGUUGUCUCGCGGGAUUCUUGAUAAAGCCAUUGAAGCAGAAGAGAAAACACAUGGUGAUUUCUUGAGACUGGAACAUACGGAGGGAUACAUGGAGUUAUCUGCCAAGACUAAGACGUUUUUCGCUACCGCUGUUUCCUUAUGGGACGCAGAAUUCUACAUCAAAGUUGACGACGACGUUCAUGUGAAUCUUGCCACUCUCAAAAGGACUUUAUCCGUACACCGAAACAAGCCUCGGGUUUACGUUGGUUGCAUGAAGUCCGGUCCCGUCCUAGCCAGAAAGAGUGUGAAGUACCACGAACCAGAGUAUUGGAAGUUUGGAGAGGUCGGGAACAAGUAUUUCCGCCACGCCACGGGACAGUUUUACGCCAUAUCUAAAGAUCUAGCUACUUACAUACUGAUAAACCAGGAUUUACUGCAUAAGUAUGCGAAUGAAGAUGUUUCGUUGGGAUCUUGGUUCAUCGGAUUGAAUGUAGAACAUGUUGAUGAUAAAAGACUCUGUUGCAGUACUUCUCAGGAUUGUGAACUAAAAGCAGUGAUGGGACAUAAUUGUGCGGCGUCGUUCGACUGGAAAUGCAGCGGAAUCUGUCGAUCGGCUGAGAGGAUGGCCGACGUUCACGAACGUUGUGGCGAACCUCAAAAUGAGUUAUGGACGUCAAAUUCCUGAAAAAGUUAUAGAAAACAAAAUUUCUUACUUACU